UUCCCCACAAAAGAACCUUAUAUUCGCCAGGGGAACCUAUCUUCUACGCCCGCUUCCACACUAACUCUCUUUUUAGCACAAAAACACACUCACCCAUCACCGUUCCUCUCAAUUCAACCUCGCCAAACACGAUAUAGCCCUGCAACCCACCUCACCGCAUAAAACCCUUGCCGUUUUGACUCUCCUCGUGAACCCACCCCAUCUAUACGUCAUCGUUUCGGUAGAGCCGGACCCAAAAACGACGUCGCGGACCUGAGAAAAUUGCAGAAGAACGUUCCUUGUUUGAAAUUUGGCAGAGCGAAAACAAAGUGGAAAAAGAAGCAGAGAAAGAGAAUAAAUGCUCGAUUCACUGUUGCGAGUCCUGAUAGUGGUUCAAUUCGGUUAGAGAAAGUGGUGAAGGAGAAAAUAGGAAAGGGGAAGAAUCGGAACUCGGAGAUGCAAAUGGAAGCUAGGGUUGGUGUGGCAGUUGACGGUGGUGGUGUACGAAAGUUGGUGCAACCGCCGCCGCAGCAGAUUGGGACUGUUUCGCAGCUUCUCGCCGGAGGAGUCGCCGGCGCGUUAAGCAAGACGUUUACGGCGCCGCUUGCCAGACUCACCAUCCUCUUUCAGGUUCAGGGAAUGCAUUCCAACGUUGCGACUUUGAGAAAAGCCAGCAUAUGGUCUGAGGCUUCUCGAAUUAUCCAUGAAGAGGGGUUUAGGGCUUUCUGGAAAGGGAAUCUGGUUACCAUUGCUCACCGCUUACCUUAUUCUUCGGUUAAUUUUUACUCGUACGAGCACUAUAAGAAGUUGCUAAAGAUGGUUCCGGGACUACAAAGUCAUAGGGAUAAUGUUAGUGCAGACCUUUGCGUACAUUUUGUUGGUGGUGGCCUGGCAGGAAUAACCGCUGCUACAUCUACUUAUCCUUUGGAUCUUGUAAGAACGCGGCUUGCUGCACAGACAAAUUUUACCUACUACAGAGGUAUCUGGCAUGCUUUACAAACAAUUACCAAGGAAGAAGGAAUAUUUGGUCUGUAUAAGGGACUUGGAACUACACUCUUGACAGUAGGGCCAAGUAUAGCUAUCAGCUUCUCUGUGUAUGAAACCUUGAGAUCUUUUUGGCAGUCAAAUAGACCCGAUGAUUCAACUGUUGCUGUUAGUCUGGCAUGCGGCAGUCUUUCAGGCAUUGCAUCAUCAACAGUGGUUUACUAUGCUUUUGAUGCAGAGAAAGAGAGUUUGGUGCAGGAACUGCACCAAGUAUCUAACCAGACUGACCCCUAGAACCAGACGCCAGGUUGGAGUUAUUUUAUCUGGCACAUGACAAUUUUUAGUAAGGAAGAUAACAAAAAGACCCUUUUCUUGUCUCUCUAACUUUAUUUUUGUCUAAAGAUCUUGCUCAAGUAAUCGUCUUCCCAAGUUUUGUUCUAUGACAUGUCUCCCCAAGCUAUGCAGUGGAUUCCAUCAUGGGGUGGCAUUUCUUGGAUGAACCUAUUUGAUUCCCUCAGUUACCAAAUGUGAGAGGUGUCCUCUUUGAGGUAUGCUUCUCACUUAGGCUACCUUCACCUGAUGUUUGGAAGGGUACCCGAAUCCUUUUCAGACCUUGUUGAUGUGUUUCUGAAGAAUCUGUUCUUGCUGCUUUAAUAGUAUUAAUUUCGGCUAUGGAACAAGUUAUGGUAACAAAUUAUAAUAUAAUUGUUUAUGAUAGAAGACAAGUAAGUUGAUAAAUGAAAUUCAAUUUGUCAACAAAGAACUACUGUUCUUUACAUGCGAGAAAACGAAAUCUUAACGAUUGGGGGAUGGAUAUUUUGUUUGCCAAAACUGUAUUAUACCGAUAGAGACUAACCACAUGCAUCCAAAAUAUUCAUGCAUACAAAACUUUAUUAUUGCCCUUUUAUCAAUUGUGUCAAUAAAGGUUUUCUGCUCCUCUGUUACAUCAAUUGUAUGUUCAGGUAAGGCUGUGUUUUACUUAGACCCUUACCUCGAUGCUAAUUCUAGAUACAGGUAAUUCCAAUUUUACAUGUUUGGAUUUAUUAAGUGCUGCAGCUACCAUGUUACAAUAAACUUGUGCAUCCAUAAAUUUCUUGUUUCAGUUUAUCAUCAAUUCAGUAGAGCUGCAUGGUAUCAAUAAUAUGUUUACCGCAGUUAUUCUUUAGAAUAGCCUGUGAUGCUGAAGUGCAGGUUUGCAACUUUGUCCAAGACACAAGAUCACUACAAUAAAAACUCUUAUUAUAGUUGAUUUUGAUCUCAUUUCUUGCUUUGGAAUUGUUUGCGCUUCAGUCGACUAAUCAUCUUACCUCCUUUGAUGAUGCACUGUCAUGUCACAGAUUAACGAUCUAAUGUAAAAUUGAGUUUCUGUUGACUAGCAUGGGUAUAGUUCAAUUCAUCUGUUAUCCUAUAUGCAGCAACGUUCCCCUUGGAUCUUGUGAGGCGGAGGAAGCAACUUGAGGGGGCUGGUGGGCGAGCACGUGUGUAUACAACAGGUAUCUAUGGUAUGUUUAGGCACAUAAUCCGGACAGAAGGCAUGAGUGGUCUUUACAGAGGAAUUUUGCCAGAAUAUUACAAGGUGGUGCCUGGUGUAGGUAUUUGUUUUAUGACUUAUGAGACGUUGAAGAUGCUUUUAGCAGAUGUUGCCACUGCUUAGUUACACCCAUCAGCUUUGGAGUCUGACAUACAACAAGUAAAUGGAUGAAGUUAUUUACCCAUACAAAAAGGGUUAGAGUAUUACAUUUACAAUUUACCAAUCCAGGUUCAUUUUAUUUCACGGGUCCUCACGUGGGCAAUUUUGUGAUGUUCCCGUGGGGAUUGCAUUUUUACAUGUACAGAUACUUGCAUAACAUUUAAUGUUAAGCUGUUAUGGUCAUGUAUUCUCGCGGUCUA